AUGUCUGCUCGAAGACUCUCUGACAACCUAAGGAAAUCAAGGGAGAAGUCCCAGAAAAAGAUGAUGUCAUUCAUGGCCGACCAGAUCGCUCGGGUCGUGCCAAAGAUUGUUUCUGAGCUUCAAGGAUCUACCACUCCCCCAUCCUCUGUGGACUCUAAGGUAGAGAAGCCGACAACUACCAAGUUCAACUACAAACACUUCGUCUUCUGCAACCCCAAAUCGUUUACGAGCAGUGAUGGGGUGACAGCUAUGCUCGAGUGGUUUGAUAGCAUAGAGGUCACUUUCAUCAACAAUGAAUGCCCCGAACAUUUGAAAACCAGGAGUGCAACUGGAGUGUUUCAGGGUAGGGCUUUGGAAUGGUGGUUCAAUGAAAGAAACAUCCGUACUAAUGAAGCAGCCUAUGCUCUCCCGUGGGCCGAGGGGCGAGAACUCAUGAUGCUCGAGUUCUGUCCUCCCCAUGAGCAGCUCAAGCUCGAAGAAGAAUUCUGGCACUUAAAGCAAGUUGGUGAUGACAACAUGGCGUAUACUACCCGGUUCAAGCAGCUAAGUUUUAUCGUUCCUCACUUGGUUUCGACACCUAAGCGGAUGAUAACCAAGUAUAUCAAUGGUUUGCCUCCUGCUAUGCGUGAUUCCAUCGAAGCAGCUCAGCUAGGAUCUAUUGAAGAAGUCUACCGUCUCGCAGCUAGUCUCAACAAUCGUGUGCGUGACAAGCAGUUUGCUAUCCCUGCUCCUUCAAAAUCUGCAAAUCAAGUCACUCAGCAGCCGAGUGGCAGCAAGAACAAGAAACGGAAAGCUCGGGGCUCGGGAUGUAAUGCUAUUACACCUGCGGCUAACCCUGCAGCAAAACCUGCUCCUACUCCUGCUGCUGCUAACCCUGCUGUUCCCGAAGCAAAGAAGCAAUACACUGGGUCUUAUCCCAAGUGUGCGAAAUGCAACUUUCAUCAUCCUGCUACCUCUGCAUGCGGAUUAUGCACCAGUUGUAACCGUUAUGGUCAUACGGCUCCUUACUGUCGUCAAGCUAAUCCUGCUCCUCAAGCUCAGCAAGCUCCUACUCCACCAGCACAAGCAGCACUUCCAGCUCCUCCUCUGCAGAACCCAGGGCCGAUCAAUGUCGUUCGUGAAUGCUUUCAAUGUGGGGAUACUACUCAUCUCCGUAACCGUUGUCCCCAGCUAAACCAAGAGCAACAAGCAGCCGCUCGUGGACGAGCGUUCAAUCUCAAUGCUAACCAGGCUCACAACAACGACGUGGUGAAUGGUUUGUUUCUCGUUAAUAAUCUCUAUGCUUCGAUCCUAUUUGAUACUGGUGCCGAUAAGAGUUUUGUGUCCGUGGAAUUCGAGUCUUUGAUAAAUUGUACACGCUCCAAGUUACCAAAGUCGUUCUCUGUUGAGGUCGCCAAUGGUAAGUCGAUUCUUGUGAACUCUAUCGUGCGUGAUUGUUCCUUGAUACUUAACGAUCACGUAUUCACCAUUGACCUUAUCCAAAUGCGUUUGGGUAGUUUUGAUGUCAUUAUCGGUAUGGAUUGGUUACGUAAGAACCAUGCCGAAAUCGUGUGUCACGAAAAGCUCGUCCGUCUCCCUCUUCCGUCUGGUGAUCUUUUACAUUCUAAAGCUGAUCAUGCUCGCCAUCUACGUCUUAUGCUUGAACUUUUGCGUGGUGAACGUCUAUAUGCUAAGUUUUCUAAAUGUGAAUUCUGGAUUGAUGAAGUGCAGUUUCUAGGUCAUAUUGUUAGUAGUCAGGGUAUUCAUGUUGACUCUUCGAAAAUUGAGGCAGUGAAGAAUUGGAGUACGCCUAGAUACGUGUCUGAGAUUCGUUCUUUUCUAGGACUGGCGGGUUAUUACCGCCGGUUCAUCGCGGAUUUCUCUAAAAUCGCUGUUCCUCUUACUACUCUAACCCAGAAGGAGAAACCUUUUAUAUGGAGUCCCGAACAAGAAGAGUCCUUUCAGACUCUUAAGAACCUUUUGUGUAAUGCUCUCGUUUUAACCCUACCUGAUGGAAAUGACGAUUUUGUGGUGUACUGUGACGCCUCGAACCGUAGUUUGGGCUGUAUGCUCAUGCAACGGGACAAGCUCAGUAUUCGUCUUCUAAUGAAGAAAGUCUAUCCGUUGAAGUUCAUGGCGCUAACGUUAAUCAACUCGAAACCAAAUCUGAUGGUCUCCAGUACUAUCUAA